CUGCAGGAGGUUCUAGAUGAACAUAAGAUCAGUCUGAGGAAGACAUUUGAACAUGUGACUGAAGGAACUGAAGGAACAGGAAGUAGAACCCCCCUGAACAAGAUCUUCACUGAGCUCUACAUCACAGAGGGACAGAGUGAAGAAGUCAAUACUCAACAUGAGGUGAUGCAGCUGGAGAUAACCUACAAGAAGUCGAUCAUCCAGGACACUCCCAUCAAGUGCUGCGACAUCUUUAAAUCCUUACCUGGCCAGCAGCAGCACAUCAGAGUCGUCCUGACCAACGGCGUCGCUGGUGUUGGAAAAACCUUCUCAGUGCAGAAGUUCACUCUGGACUGGGCCGAGGGUUUGAAAAACCAGGAUGUGAAUCUGCUGAUUGUGCUCUCGUUCAGGGAGAUGAACCUGAUCGGAGAUCAGCAGCACAGUCUUCUCACGCUGCUCCAUGUUUUCCAUCCAACAUUAGAGAAGGUCAGAGCAGAGGAGCUCGCUGUCUGUAAACCUUUGUUCAUCCUUGACGGCCUGGAUGAAAGCAGACUCUCACUGGACUUCAACAGCAGGACACCGGUUUCUGACGUCACACACAGGUCAUCAGUCAACGUGCUGCUGACGAACCUCAUCCAGGGGAAUCUGCUUCCCUUGGCUCUCGUCUGGAUAACUUCUCGACCUGCAGCAGCCAAUCAGAUCCCUCCUACAUGUAUUGACAGGGUAACAGAAGUACGAGGCUUCACUGACGACCAGAAGGACGAGUACUUCAGGAAGAGAUCCACAACUGAAGAUCUGUCCAGCAGAAUCAUCUCACACAUCAAGAUGUCCAGGAGUCUCCACAUCAUGUGUCAAAUCCCAGUCUUCUGCUGGAUCGCUGCUACAGUUCUGGAGCACAUGUUGACUACAGACCAGAGAGGAGAGCUGCCCAAGACCCUGACAGACCUGUACUCACACUUCCUGCAGGUUCAGACAAAGAGGAAGAAGAACAAGUACGAUAAAGGACGUGAGACGAGUCCACAGGAGCUGAUGGAGGCUGACAGAGAUGUUCUUCUGAAACUGGGGAGGCUGGCCUUUGAACAUCUGAAGAAAGGAGACAUUAUGUUCUACCAAGAAGACCUGGAGCAGUGUGGUCUUAGUGUGACAGAGGUCUCUGUGUACUCAGGAGUUUGUACAGAGAUCUUCAGAAGAGACAGCGUGAUCUUCCAGAAAUCAGUCUACUACUUUGUUCAUCUGAGCGUUCAGGAGUUUCUGGCUGCAGUCUACAUGUUCCACUGUUUCACCAACAGGAAGACAGAGAUACUGCAGGCCUUCCUGGUAGAAGAAGACUCAACUCAGACCCCAAAAACAUUUUUUAAAAAAGUCUCCUCAUAUUUGAGAAGCUUUGUUGAAAGAUCUCUGGAUGUGUUCCUAAAAGGAGCCAUGAAGAAAUCACUUCAAAGUCAAAAUGGUCACCUGGACCUGUUUGUUCGCUUCUUUCAUGGACUCUGUCUGGAGUCCAACCAGAGACUCUUAGGAGGUCUGCUGGGUCAGACUCAGAACAGUCCAGAAAUCAUCCAGAGAGUCUCCAAGAACCUGAAGGAGAUGAACACAGACAACAUCUCACCUGACAGAAGCAUCAACAUCUUCCACUGUCUGACCGAGAUGAACGACCAAUCAGUGCAUCGGGAGAUCCAAGAGUUCAUGAAGUCAGAGGACAAAGGACAGGAACUCUCUGAGAUCCACUGCUCAGCUCUGGCCUACAUGCUGCAGAUGUCUGAGGAGGUUCUGGAUGAGUUGGACCUGAGCAAGUACAGAACAUCAGUCCAGGGAAAACACAGACUGAUUCCAGCUGUGAGGAACUGCAUGAAGGCUGGGUUGAGGGGCUGCAGUUUGUCAGACAUCAGCUGUUCUUCUCUAGCCUCAGCUCUGAAGUCCAACCCCUCCCACCUGAGAGAACUGUACCUGAACGACAACAAUCUGCAGGAUUCAGGAGUGAAGGUGCUGUGUUCUGGACUGAUGAGUCCACACUGUAGACUGGAGACUCUGGGGUGAGUUCACUGACUCUCUGUUACCGUUGUAAAUCUCAGAUGUCUAAUCUACAACUGAACCGCAUUAAUGUUCACACAUCAGUAGAAUCAGUGAUUGUGAAUGAAUGAAUGAAUGUUUCCACUUUUUCUUCUCUCAGAUGUAGAAUUCCGAUCUUUUCCCAGCUGACGUGUUUUUUUCACCACAUUCAUUUUCACGUUAAUCCUGUUUGUUUUCAAAUCUGUCGUUUUCACACCAGUCACUGAAUUUCAACGAGCAGCUUUGACUUUUUCUGACUUCCUUCUCUGACACGUUCACAUGUAACCCAUCAGAAUGAGUGCUGUUGACGAUGUCACAGCUGUGAGCUCCCUCUGCGGUCUGUUGCAUCAAACUAGGAUAAGGGAUUAAGUCGGGCUCUGUCGCGUAUCCUGGUGGGUUAGAGUUAUUGAUUAAUAAUCCAGUGAUAAUAUUGACAUGGGAUGUGCCAUGGCCUAAUCCUAGGAUAAAUAGUUUUCACUAUAACGCAAGUGUCCGAGUAUCCUAAGUGAAGUCAACAUGCUUGUGCUUAUCAGUUUUAUGUCGAGAAGUUUGACCCUGAGUCUGAUUCUCUAGGAGUCAUUGUACUGUGAGUGCCGUAUGCUCAGCUUCACCUCAGGGCGUCGAAAGAAAAAAACUAUUGUCUUAUC